UGCUGAGGUGGCGCGGUGGGAGCGGUUCGGCGGCGGUGGGGUCCUGCCGGCGGGGCUCCUCGGCAGGUUGGAGCCGCCCCGCGGUGCUGACCGCCCUGCCGCGCUGCAGGAGGCCAAGUAUGAGUCAAACCCAGCAAGGCUUAUUAGCUUGAGUGCAGUAUCAGGUUAAUGUGGCCAACCUGGACAAAGGCCAAGGAAUAUUUUCUCAAUCCAGUCUUAGUUCAUGCAUCCUGUCAGUACUCAAGAGAUAAAAAGGAAUGGCUAGAAAGACCUGUGUGUGACUGCUCUACCUUGGAAACCUUUCUAUGGAAUCAGCAGACCCAUGAGCUCCUUACAGCACAAAGCAGGCUCAAGAUGCUGAGCCGUUUGUCAGGUUUAGCAACUACUGUUUUACAAGAGCUGUCUGGGGAGGAUGGAGAUGCAGUUACUGAACCAUCUAUUGCUGUAGAAACUUUGCAGUCAGAAACAGAAAGCAUGGAGGAGGCACCUGAGGAGCUGUUGGAGCGCCUAGCCCAAACAGAAAAGCUGGUUGUUCAGCUGAAGGAUUUGAUUCGAGAAAAAGAUGUCCUACUCCAGGAAAAAGAAACUCUAUUCAAGAAGGAGCGAGAGGCCGCGGAUGCGAAGCUGCUGAAACUCAAACUCCAAGCCAAAGCCAAACUGGCUUCUCUGAACAAACGCAUCGAGGAGCUGACCCGGAAAGAAUCACCACUGCCUACGCAGGCCUUAGCAGAUGAGUUGGAGUAUCCCAAGUGUCAGAAAAACGAAAAUAUAAGUGAAGGACACAGAGAGGAAGCGGAAGAACUGAAAGAGCAGCUCAGGGAGCAAGAGGAGACUGUUCAGGACCUGAAGAAACAGCUGGAUGUAGCCAAAGUCAAUCUGAAAGAUGCUGAAAUCAAGUAUGCAACACAGCUGAGUUCCCUGCAGGAGGUGAUUCAGGAGAAGGAAGCUCUCCUGGAAGAGCGUGUGCACCAGCAUCAAGCUGAAUUGCUCAAGAUGGUGGUCCAGUCAGAUAUGGAAGUAGAGAUGCAACAGAACCUGCGCACGCUGCAGAGAAAGCUGGAGGAGCAGGAGGCAGCUCUGUUAGGACGAACUCAGGUGGUAGAACUGCUGCAGCAGGAGUUGCACGCUGCUGAAAAACAAAACCAGGCACUCGUGGAUCAGUGCCAGAAGAUGGAAGUGGAACUGAGCUCCCUGAGGGAAGUGCUGGAUGUGGAGAGACGCAGCGCGCGGGAUCUCAGGGAGGAGAUGGAGCUGGAGCUCGCUGAGAGGAAGCUGGCUUCCCAUCGCUUGCAGGAGGAGGUGCAGCAUCUCUCAGAAGAGCUGCAGAAGGCAAGAAGAGCACAAGCUGAACUAGAGGUGAAGUAUAAAGACCUGGAACAGGAGAACAGGCUGGAGGUAGAAGAGAAGCAGCGGCUGCUGGGUUGUGUGGCGGUGGCUGAGCAGGAGCUGCCGUGUGGCCGUGCUGUCCUGGGAGCUGAGGAGGAGCAGCUGCACCAGGACCUUGGCCAGCCCUUGGUGCCCUCAGUGGCACGUGGAGCUACAGCACACGGCCCCCUGGAUGAACUUCUACAGAAACCUGAAGAAGUUGUCUGCUGUAAGGAUGAGCUGAAGUCCCAGCCACAAGCGCAGCUUUCUGAACUGGAGCAGCAGGAUGAAUCAACUUCACAGGAAAAAAUAGUAGAUCAGGAAGACCAGAAUGAGACUUCAUUCCUACCCACAGAAAACUUGGAAAGACAGAAGACAGAAGAAAUACCACAUUUGCAACCUGUUCUCCAGGAAUCUCAGCAGGAAGCUGUGAUGCUCACAGAAGAUGCAGAACAGGCAAGAACAGAUGGCUUUACCAAUGGAAGCAAGCAGUUCACUGAGGAAAGUUGUCCACCUGGAAUUUUAGAAUAUAUUGCUGCAGAGAAACAGAAAGAGCUGUCAGUUUUGCUGCUGGAACUGAAAGAAGCCCAAGAAGAAAUAACUUUUCUGAAAAGCCAGCUCAAGGACCCCAGUGGCCAAACUUCUGUAGGCAGUCAAACGGAAGAGAAUUCACAGAUAGAGUGUCUGGAGAGGGAAGAGCAGAAGGCUUCAGAUACACAGAGUGUCCCAUUACUGGGAGAAGCAGAAAUGCAACAAAUUGCCUUUCUUCAGGAAAAUGGAAUCAGUCUCCAAGAAGAGCCUCAGGGAAGUCCUGGCACCUCUCAAGCUGAAGAGCUAAUAAAGUUGCAAAACCAAAUUACAGAACUGCAAAUAAUUCUGCAGAAAUCAGAAGAAUCCUUUAGGAAAGAACUAGGAGAAAAAUGUGCAGAAAUAAAUAGGCUAAACCAGUUGGCUGAGGAAUACAGAAAAAAAGGAGAGGAUCCUGACAGUACAUUUUGUGUUUUGACUGAAGAACAAGAUCAGCUCUUGUGUCAGGCGAAAGAACUUUCUACCAUAACAGAACUGAAGGAGCAAGUGAAGCAACUGGAGGAAGAACUAGCUCUUUCAGAAAAGCAGAGGCUGUCAGACAGUCAAAGCAGUCUUCUAAGAGAGCAAAUCCAGAGCCUUAAAAAUGAGUUUAAAUCCAAGGAUAUAAAAAUUGAAGCUUUACAAAAGGACUUGGAUGAAGCACAACUUCAGCUUUCUGACCAGGACAUGCAACUGAAGGAUCUGAGAGGCCAGGUUGAGACAAAGGAAUGUGAAGUACUUGAUCUAGGACAACUUUUGAGGAAGAAUACAGCAGAGAUGGAAGAGCUUUCCCACAGGUUAGCCUUAAAGGGACACGAAGCAGCAAGCCUAGAACAGCUUGUUGCUGAGCACACCAGGUCUAUAGAGAGCCUGCAACAAGCCUUGCUGGAAAAGGACCAACAGAUGGCAGAGAUCAGUGUCAGCAUGUCUGAGAAAAUGGUCCUGCUGAAUGAAGAGAAAUUUUCUCUAGGAAAUGAGCUGAAGAGUCUUAAGGAGCAGACAAGUCUGUUAUUAAAAGCCCAGGAAGAAAAAGAACAGAACAUAGGAGCAAAAGAUACAUGUCUGAAAUGUGGGGCAUCUGAGCAGCAGAAUGAGAGUGAAGCAGUGAGUAAAGAAAAAGAGGAAUUAGUAAAUCAAGUUGAACUUCUGAGAAAAGAAAAUGAGCAAGUGAAACGGAAGCUGCAAGCAGCGCUUGUGAACAGGAAGGAGCUUGUGAAGAAGGUAACCAGAUUGGAGAAUGAAUUGGAACAACUGAGCAGAGAACAAAAAUCAGAGACCUCAGAGGCUCCAGCAGCUGCAGGGGAAGAAAACACGAGAAGCAUGAUCAGCAAAGAAAUGAGUGUUGAAAAGCAGCCCAGUGAGGAGUAUCUAAUUCAGCUGCUUUCUGAAAAGGAAUCUGAGCUGCAGAGCAUCCGGAAGGAUAAAGAAACUACUGAAGCACGACUGCAGGCAGUGAUUGAGGAACUGAGGCAAAGCUUGCAAGGUAAAGCAAACACUGUUUCAAUUAUAGAUGAAAUCAUGGAGCAUCCUGACAAAGUAACUGAAAACAAUGAAAGCCCAGAAGGUGAUGCAGAAAAUGAAAAACACUGUUCAGCAGAUACAAAUCUGGAAGAAAAACAAAAGUCUGCUCUUGAAGAAAGGAUUUCAGUUCUUGAACAAGAAAAAGAACAACUUCAAAAAAAACUUCAAGAAGCUCUGGUAUCACGCAAAGACACUAUAAAAAAGGCUCAAGAAAAAGACAGGCAUCACAGAGAGCAACUGAAACAGCAGAAAGAUUAUUACAAUAUCCUGCAAGAACAAUUUGAUCAGCAAAGCAAAGAGAAGGACAGCAUCCAGGCUCAGCUCAGACAACUCCAGGAACAGAAAGGAUCAGCAGAGAGUGGUUUUGGGAGUCAAGGUAUGUCGGAUUCUUCAUGCAUGGAACCAGAAGAUACAACAAACAACAAGCUUGUACAAGUUGCAGAUGUUUCUGAGGAGGAGUUGAAAAAAAACCUUGACAAAUUGCAGACUGAGAAAGAGAAAUUGGAAUGUAACAUCAGCCAUAUGCAAAGGGAACUUGCUCACAAAUCAGAAUUAAUCUUUGAUUUGCAACAGCACAUAGCACAGUUGUUUGCAGAGAUAGAAGGACUAAAGAGAACCUCUGACCAAGCUGAAGUUAAGGUAGCAAGUCUUCAGACAGAAUUGGAGGAGAGUCAGAGAAACAUUUCUGGAGUGGCCGGUCUGGAAGACUUGAAAAUCCUUGUGCAUCAAAAGGAUGAAGAAAUGGAAUUUCUCAACCAGCAGUUAAAGGAGAAAAACGAUGCUCUCAAUAAUGUGCAGGCACAAUUGCUGGAAAAGGAGAACUCAGUCAAAAGACUGUGUAGUCAGUUGGAAGCUCAGGCUCAGGCGCAUGAGGAACAAAGCAAGCGACUGCAAACAGAGAUGCUUGAAAUUCAGGAGAAGCAAGACGACAAUGCAGAAGCAGCUAAACAGAAGAAUCAAAUGCAGAGAAAGUUGCAAGCUGCACUUAUUUCUAGAAAAGAGGCACUGAAGGAGAGCAAAUCUCUAAAAGAAGAGCUGGCUAAUGCUAAAAUUACUAUUGACAAUCUUUCUGUCAAGCUGACAAAUAUGGAAAGCCAGAUAUGUGGCCAUGUUAAAGAAACAGACACCUUAACAGAAAAGUUAGCGUGCCUCACUGGAGAGCGAGAAGAACUUACUGCAGAAAUUAAUAAACUACUUAGAGAAAAUCAGAAUCUUGAUGGAUGCUCUAAAAACCUUACACUUACUCUGGACAGAGUUGUUCUAGAGAAGGAGAAGCUGGAGAAGGAGGUGGAAUCAUUGAAGAGCUUUCAAGCCACUGAGAGUUCUGAGUGGCAGGAGAAAUACAAGGAGCUUCAGGGAGAAUAUGAAACUCUGCUUCAGUCAUAUGAGAAUGUGAGUAAUGAGGCUGAGCGAAUUCAGCGUGUGUUGGAAACUGUUAGGCAGGAAAAGCAGGAAAUUUGCAUUCAGCUAAAAAGGGCAGAAGCAAAAAAAGAGGAAACAGAUAAGCAGCUACAGGAAGCUGGACAAGAAAUUGAUGAAAUGAAGGAGAAAAUGAGGAAAUUUGCAAAAUCAAAGCAACAAAAGAUCCUGGAACUAGAGGAGGAGAAUGAGAAGCUUAGAGCAGACAUGCAUUUCAGCGAUGGAGAGCUACAUAGGACUGGAGACAGCUUUACAAACACUAGCCUGAAAGAAGAUCUGGAGUGCUCUAGGAGGGAGUGCCAGUCUCUUUCUACUCAGCUUGAGACAGUAAUGGCUGAAAAGGAAACUCUUAAUCAAGAGAUCGUGGACUUGAAGAGCCUUUUGCAGUUAACAGAAUCUAAGCUGAAGGAAAGCAGAGAACUUGUAGACAAGUAUGUUGCUCAGCAGACAAUGGGGGAAGAAACUAAUGAGGCAGUUGUCACACCAUCACCAGUGGAAAGGUCUGAAAAUCAAGUGGACAUAACUUUUAGACCUGAGCCUCCUGCUGCAGAGCUGCAGCAAGAGGCAUUUGGAAGUGAUAGACCUUGUGAGGAUCCUGGUAUCUACAGACAGCAAAUAGCUGAGCUCACCAAGCGAAUCAUGGAGCUGGAAGAUAACAGAAGGGCUUCAGAGGAACAGCUGGGUGACAUCCAGAGGUGUGUUGAGACCUUAGCAGAUGAGAAAAGGGCUUUAGAGCACCAAAUGGAAGAGAAAGUCCAUGAAUUAAACGAUCUGCAGGCUACAGUAGCAAAGAUGGAGCAAACGGUCCAAAAAGCUGAAGAUGACCUGGUCAGAAUGACAGCACUGAAGGAUGCUCUAGAAGCUGAAAAGGAUGACUUGGAAGAAAGGCUCAUGAAUCAGCUGGCAGAACUUAAUGGAAGUAUUGGAAACUAUCAGCAAGAUGCAACAGACUUCCAAAUCAAAAAUGUUCAACUGAAACAUGAGCUUCAGAGUUUGCAGAAAAUGAUGCAUGAUCUGGAGGAGGAGAAAAGUCAGAUGGCAAAGGAGAAAAGCAAAGCAAGUUCAGAAAAGCAAAAGGAGUUUGUAGAAAAGCUAAAAUACAAUUGGAGAGGAGAAAGCAGCACACAUAUAAAGGAGCUUCAAGAACUGCUGAAACAGAAACAGCAGGAGAUUAAGCAGCUGCAGAAGGACUGUAUUAAAAGCCAGGAAAAGAACAGUAGUUUAGAAAGAACUGUUAAAGCUCUGGAAUUUCUGCAGAGUGAGACUCAGAAAGAGGUAGAGCUUGCUCUCUGCAGGGUGGUGUUGGAUGACACUCAGAGUGAGGCAGCAAGGGUUCUAGCUGAGAGUAUCAAAGUGAAAGAAGAGUUGCAAGCAAACAAAGAGAAAAUGAAAACUCAAAUGAAGAAGAAGGAUGAGGACUUUGAGAGAAGACUGGAACAGGAAAAAGACAAGCACUCAAAGGAAAUAAAAAACAUGGAAGAAAAGCUAGCAACUUUGCAGAGGGAGAAGGACCUUAUGGAAAUAACACUUGGUGAUCUGCAAGACUCCUUGAAGACAAAGGAUCAAGAAGCCAAGCAACUGGAAGGCAGUCUAAACAAAACACUAGCCCAGCUUGCAGCCUUCACCAGGAGCAUGUCUUCCCUUCAGGAUGAUAGGGAUAGGGUGAUAGAUGAAUCAAAAACAUGGGAGAAGAGAUUCACUGAAACUAUUCAAAAGAAGGAAGAAGAAAUACGUUCAAAAGAGGAAGCUUGUGUUGUGCUGAAGGACCAGAUUACACACAUGACCAUGCGUGUGGAAGAGCUCCAGACUCAUAUAUCCAGGCUGGAAUGCAACAAGAAAGACUGGGAGGCUGACUGCAGGAAGGAGAUUCAGCAUCAUCAAAAGACAUGUGAAAUUUUGCAGGAGGAAAAAAAAGAGCUUUUAACUCAGCUUGAGGGGUCUCGGGAACUGUAUAGCAAGUCCCAGAAUGAACAGCAGGAACUGCAGUCAGAAAUCAACAGCCUGAGAGACCAGCUUGCUGACUUACAGAAUUCCUUUACCAAAUGUGAGCUGGCCAGGGAAGACCUGGGUACUGUGGUCAAGCAACAAGAGACCAGUAUCCAGAAUUUUAAACUCAACUGUGAACAGCUUGAGGCUGAUCUGCGGGCUUCCAAGGACCUGACAAAUAAGCUGCAUGAAGAAACCAGUGCCAAAGAUCAGAAGAUCAUGAGUUUGCUGUCUGCCAAAGAAGAAGCAGUGGUGGCUGCUCUAGCUGAGUUACAGCAGCAACAUUCUGAAGAGGUGAAGGAGUUGGAGUGUAGGCUGAGUAAGGAGGAAGAAGAUAAAAAAGCCCUGGAAAAUGAAAAGAACAAAUUUCUUGACAAACUCAGUAAUCUCACUGAAAAGAUGAAGGUAAGCAGAGAAGAAAGUAAGCAGCAGAAGGCACAGCUGGAGUCCUUCACCAGGUCCAUGUCAUCUCUGCAGGACGACCGAGACCGCGUCCUGAGGGACUACCAGCAGCUUGAGGAACGCCAUCUCGGUAUCAUCGUGGAAAAAGACCAGCUCAUUCAAGAGGCUGCUGCUGAAAACAACAAGCUCAAGGAAGAAAUGAGAAGUCUCCAUAGCCAGAUGGAUGACCUCAACUCUGAGAAUGCCAAGCUGAAGGCGGAGUUGGUGCGGUACAGAGAAGACCUUAACCAAGUGAUUUCAAUAAAGGACUCACAACAGAAGGAACUUCUCAAAAUACAGCUUCAGCGGAUCCAGACUCUGGAAAAGGAGAAGGCAACCAUAGAAACCCAGCUGGAAGAGUCUGAGCGUGCUCAGGAUGAUCUCAGGAAGUGCAUGGAAACCUUAAGGGAGGAUAAAGUCAGUAUGUCUCAGGAGAUUGAAACUCUCAUGUCCUCUCUGUCCCGGGUGCAGGGUGAGAUGGCAGCACUGCGUCAGGGGAGUCCCAUUGUGCAGUGCCAGGCAGAGCUGAAGGCUCGAGAGAAGGAGGUACAAGAACUGAGUCACGAGCUUUCCCUCUCCCGGAGAAGAGCAGCAGAACUUGAGGGGGAGCUGGAAUGUGUUCAGAGGGAUGCAGCCAAGAGAGUGGGAGAGGUUGAGGACAGGCUUCGUAAGGAGCUGAAGCACCUGCAUCAUGAUGCAGGGAUAAUGAGGAACGAGACCGAGACAGCAGAGGAGAGGGUUGCAGAGCUGGCACGGGACUUGAUGGAAAUGGAACAGAAGUUGCUUGCAGUCACAGAUGAAAACAAAGAUCUCCGAGCUCAAAUUCAGUCUUUUGGGAGGUCCAUGAGCUCUCUUCAGGACAGCCGAGACCAGGCCAACGAAGAGCUUCACGUUUUGAAACAGAAAUACUCUGCAGACUUAGAGGAACAAAAGAGCCUAGUGCAGAAUCUUCAGGAACAGGUGGCUCAGCUGCAGGAGGAGCAACGUUCCACUGCCAGGGACCGAGAUACAGUGAGGUCUGAGCUAAUGGAACUGCAGAAGGCUAUUGAUGAAAGAGGUCUCCUGGCCCAGAUUGAGAAACUUAAUCUGCAGCUCAGAGCUAAAGAUGAUGAGCUUCUCCGCUUGUCUCUGGAAUUGGAAGGCUCUUCCAACCAAGUCAAAUCUUUCUCCAAGGCUAUGGCAAGCCUGCAGAAUGACCGAGACCGUCUGCUGAAUGAAUUGGACAAAGCACGUAAGACUGAAGAAGUGAAACAACAAGCAGGAGGAAGCAUUUCCACUUCUUCAGAAGUACAGAGUCUGAAGAAGGCACUGGCCUCCUUGCAGAGUGACAGAGACAGAGUAGUGAGAGAGCUGGAGAAUCUGCAGCAGCAAUACAUCCUGGUCGGGGUGGAAGCUGCUGAGAAUUCUCGCCUAAAGGCACAACUGCAGCAGUGGCAGCAAGAGGCAGACAAGCAGCUUCGUCUGCAGGAGCAGCUGGAGCAAGAAGGAGCUGUGUACCAGCAGGAGCUCCAGCAGCUCAGACAGGAGAAGACCACCUGGGAAAAGCAGAGCAACAGCAUGAAGGAGCAGUACCUGAUGGCCAUAGCAGAGAAGGACAAGCAGUUGAGCCAUUUACAAAGGAUCACACAGGAAAUGAAGCUGCCCUUCAGCAAGUCUCAAACCAUAGAGGAACAGCACCAAAGCAAGAUUUCCCCAGAAGUUCCCCAGAAGAAAGGGGACUUUUCAAGCCUAGAAACAGAGAUGAAACACCUCCAGGCCCAGCUAAAUGACAGUCUGAAAGAACUGCACCAGAAAGAGCUCAGAAUUCAGCAGCUAAACAGCAAGCUAUCUCAGGUCUUUGAGGAGAAGAAUGCCCUCUCCCUGCAGCUGCGUGGGAGCGGCCGGAGCAGCUGUGAGAGCCAUCAGCACUGCAGCGAGGUGCUGAGCCGCUGCCUGGUGCUGGAGAGGCAGCUCCAGGAGCUGCAGGCUGCAGACAAGAGCGUGGAGCUGUUUGUGACAGAUGCUGCUCCAGGAGCACCCCAAGAGAAGAAUGAACCACAGAGAGGCACUUACACACCUGAACUGCAGGAGCUGCAGCUGAGGUUGUCUGAAACAGAACAGUUACAUAGCAGCACAAGGCAGGAUAUGAAGUACCUGGAGGAGCAGCUGGAGGAGGAGCGGGAGCGUCGCCUGGCUGCAGAGGAGGCGCUUUCUGCAGCACAGGAGCACAUCAGGUUGCAGUCAAGUGAGUGGGCAUCUUCCUUAAGUGCCAGCAUUGAUAUGACUCCAGGUCACGAGCAGUCCUUGCUGAUCGACUCCACGGAUAAUAAUUCCAGCAGAACUCGCAGUGCUCUCGGGCUGCGACGGCUGCUACGCUCUCUCUUCCACUCCAGGACCCACCUGCCCCUGCUAGCAGCCACCUAUCUGCUUGCUGUCCAUGUCCUGCUCUUCCUGUGCUUCACAGGCCACCUGUGACAGGAGAGUCAGCCUCUUCUGGAGCCUCAGCCCUGUGCGUGCCGAGGACCUGGCAGGAGGGCAGCGCUUGUCCAGCUGCAGCUUUCCCAAAGCAGCAGCUGCUCCCAGCACCUGCUGCUGCUCUCAGAGUCAGUGCUGGGGCUGGGGGCUGCUCCCAGGAGAUCUGCCCUUCCCUCAGUGUUUCUACAGGAGUGGCUCAUUUUCUGUGCUGCAGGCCUCAAGGACAGCAUCUGUUCCUGUACUGGAAGUAGUACCACUCAUUAUAGACACUGUGCUGCAGUAGGAAUAAGAAAAACACUCUUGGGUAGCUGCAGUGCUUCAGCACUUCUAAAACUGCUCAGUCUUCUCCUUCUUAGGCUGAAUCCAUGAGUGGGGUUGGGGGAACGCAGGAGCUGUAAAAGAAUCGUCUUCCCUUUCUUCCACCCCUUAGAUUUGCUCCAUGGCUCAGAGCUGUCUCAAAUGCAUAUCCUAAGGAAGUUAUGGGCACUUUAAGAAAUGUGAAUCUUAAAAUCACGUUUCCUGCUCAGUUGCAUCUCCUGUUGAAGAGGGGCCAAAAUUAGUAUAUCUGGCCCUGAUGAGCAUUCCAUUUAGAAUCAGUCAUAUGUCUGCCCUGACAAGCCUGUAAAAUAAUGCCUGUAAUUUAGUUAUUUAAAAGGAAUAGGGAACAUGAAACUUUUUAGCUCUAAAGUUAAAAGCCCUCCUGUUUAUAGCAUCUGUGCACCUCUCAUGGUGGAAGGUGCUGCCUUACCUCUAGAAAUUAGAGCAGCCCAGCUCCUGCCUUUUCAUCCACUAAAUUCUUGUCACGAGACCAAACCUGCUCAGGCUGUGUUGAAGGGAUCCAUAAUGUGCUGUGUGGGCCCAAAGCAAAUACAGAAACUCCAGAAAUAAACUCUCUCCCCUGUGCUGAGGAAGCAGCCACAGUUCUGAAACCUGCUAUCUCUGGUGUAGAAAGCUGCUACUGGUGUUGGAGCAUGUUUGGACCCAAAUCAAUUUAUGCAAAUGGAUUGGAUCUUUUAAGAUAUAUGGAAAUAUGGAUGUAUUUCCAUAUGUUUUCUAAAAACCCCCUGAAUUUGAGACUGCCCUCUUCCAAAAGGAGAAUGUGGAAUGCAAAGGAAGUUCCAGUUGCUGUCAGAUCCUGAGUUGUCGUUUUAUUCAGAGUGCUGGCCAGGAGAAUUCUAUCUGCCUCUCACUAGAGCAUUAACAGUCACAUUUUUCCCAUGGGAAAGAGGUAGCUCUUUUGAUAUUGCUGGUAAACUAAGCUGCUCUAGCCAGUGCAGAAAGCCUGCUUGAGGAUGGAUUGAUUUCAUGGUAGCUAAACCAGCUGGAUCUCUGGCAGGUCCAGAGCACUGGCACUAUAAAUCCUCUUCUGCACUGUCCAUGAUUAUCAGUGUGAACUUCCUCUAUGUCAAAUGCAGUGACCAAAUAGUUUGUCUAUAGCUUCCUGGGGUAUGGGCUCCUGUAUGUAUAAUAAAGUUUAUUUUUCAGAUGGAA